AUGUCACUGGAUGCGGCGCCUCAGUCCUCCCUCCCUCUGAAGCCACAACGAGUGCUCGCAUGCGUCCUCUGUCAACAGAGAAAAGUCAAGUGUGACCGAAAAUUCCCUUGCGCAAAUUGCAUCAGAUCCCAGGCACAGUGUGUGCCAGCCACGCUAGCUCGACGCCGGAAAAGACGCAGAAUCCCCGAGCGCGAACUUCUCGACCGGCUCCACGACUACGAGGAAUUGUUGCGCCAAAACAACAUUUCCUUUGAUCCCAUUCACAAUGAUUCGAUUGCAGAGAGGACGAACCCUGAAGCGGGGAGUGACCAUGAGUUGGAGAAACAAGAACCGGAAACUGGCAGAGGAGAUUCAGUACCUUCGACAACAUUGGAUUCCGAAAAAAGCUAUGGAGCCAAAAACAUUUGGCACGCCAUGAGUCGAGGAUUUCGAGAUCCCGACAACGAUAGUGAUUCUUCGGACGACUAUGUGCGGGAAAUAGAGGUCAAACGGGCAUGGGAAGAAACCGUUCAAAAGGAUGACAAUCUCUUGUUUGGAUCACGCGAUCCCACUGUUGAUCUCUCUGUUAUUCAUCCCGAUACAAUUCAGAUAUUCAGGUUAUGGCAGGUCUAUCUGGACAACGUGAAUCCGCUGCUCAAGGUGACACACACCCCGACUCUCCAAGGGCGCAUUAUUGAAGCUGCAAGCAACUUGAACAAUGUGCACCCGACUUUGGAGGCCCUCAUGUUCGGCAUCUACUCCACGGCAGUGGCAAGUCUGGCCGGGGACGAAUGCCAAACCUCGUUUAAUUCUUCGAAGGAUGAUCUCUUGACAAGAUUCCAUUUCGGUUGUCAGCAAUCACUGUUGGGAUGUGGGUUUCUACGGACCAGCGAUCAUGACUGUUUGACAGCGCUGUAUCUCUAUAUGGUGUCUGUCAGCUUCAGCACAGUUCCGCAGUCCCUAGCAUCUAUGCUUGGCGUUGCCAUCCGCAUCGCGCGACGGAUGGGCUUUCACAGCGAAACCGCCUUGGCAGAAUGUUCUAUACUUGAAGCGGAGAUGCGUCGAAGACUUUGGUGGUCACUCGUAACUUUUGAUCAUCGCAUUAACGAAGUUUCCAGCUCUCGAAGCUCCGUUCUCGAUCCAACUUGGGACUGUAGAAUUCCUCUCAAUGUGAAUGAUUCUGAUCUUCGACCAGAGAUGAAAGAGUCUCCUGUGGUGCAAGGAACAUCUACCGAGGCUGUUUUUGCCGUUGCGCGAAGCGCGUUCUGGGAUUAUAUGCGUCAUACUAUGUUCCACCUCAACUUCGACAACCCUGCCUUGAAACCGCUUGCAAAAGGACCCUCGAACGAAAGCUCUUCGGAGGGUAGUGACAUGGCUCAGCUAGAGCGGAUCAUAGACAGUCGAUAUCUGAAGUUCUGUGACCCAGAGAACCCAAUCCACUUUAUGACGUUUUGGAGUCUGCGAGCGCAGAUUGCUAAAUAUCGCCUCCUGGAACAUCUCUCAUCGCAUUCUAAUUCGGCUCAGACAGAGUCACAACACGAUGCCGCUACCUUCCAUGCUCUGCUUUUGAUAGAGUGUGAUACGAAGAUCAUGACCUCGCCACUAACGAAGCGGUUUCGUUGGCUUAACCGAUUUUACUUCCCUUUCCCAGCAUAUCUUCAGAUUGCCCAAGACAUCAGAUUACGGCCUAAUAACAAGCAGACUCCACAAGCAUGGAAAUCUUUGAGCGAUAAUCACGAGGCUUGGUUUGAGAAUCAGCCAGAAGGAUAUAAUCCAGUCUACUGGGUUUUUGCUAAAGUAGUGCUUCAGGCAUGGGAAGCUUGUGAAGCAACUUUCAAACUACCAGGCAGAAUCAUGACACCACCGAAAAUUGUCCUUUCCAUACGAGCCAUACAGGCAGAGAUGUCACGACAUGCACAAAAAGGGGGCAUUGAAUAUGCUGAUACCAACAUGACUACCGGAAUUAAUAGUCUGGCAAUGUCGACGUCGAUGCCGGUAGGGUAUGACAACCAGAGUCUGUCGUUCAGUACUGGGUUGCAAAAUGGCUCUACAGCGAUGCGACCGGAAAUUUACUAUGAUAUAGGAGGUCAAGCGCCUUUUUUUCCUGACAUCAGCCAACUGGAUUGGACUGCGUUUGGUGGGAGGCCCAAUUGGCCGGGCUUUUAA